CCAAUCGCCCUAUAGCUACCUGCGAACCGGCGCUACCUACACUACAGCUCUCGCUCGCUCUCUCCGUAUCACAACAGACGGUUCUAAUAUGGGCCCAGAGUAACCAGGGGACGUCGCGAGAGAAGCAAGGAAGACGGUUAUCACAAACUCAGGUUUAGUCAAAGAGUCUGCACAAAUGGCGAGGCAGAUGGACCAGUCCAAAGUGAAAGAGUUGAAGGAGACGUUCUCGCUGUUCGACAAAGAUGGCGACGGUAACAUCACGGCCACGGAGCUGGAGUCCGUCAUGAGGUCGCUGGGACACGAUCCCACCGGCGAUGAGAUUGAGGACAUGAUGAAGAGUGUGGACGUGGACGGGAACGGCACCAUAGACUUCCAGGAGUUCCUGACGAUGAUGGGCUCCAGGAUUCACACCGUCGACCGGGACGUCGAAAUCAGGGAGAUGUUCCGAGUCUUCGACGUGGACGGGAACGGCUUCAUCAGCGCCGCCGAGCUGCGCAGGGCGAUGUCCAACCUAGGAGAAGAUCUCACGGAGGACGAGAUAGACGAGAUGAUCCGCGUCGCAGACAAAGAUGGCGACGGCCAGAUCGAUUUCGAGGAAUUCGUCAAGAUGAGCAGGUUGGCCCAUCCCGAACCUCCGAAGAGCAUCACUCUGGACGUUCCCAGCCAGCCAGACUCCCCGGAGUCUCCUGAAGACGGGAAGAAAGAGAAGAAGGGCAGCUUCAAGAAGAAGAGGGGCAGCUUCAAGAAGCGGCUGAUGCAGCUCGCGGGAAAAGACUCCAGCGACAGACGAGAUAAGGACAGCUAAAUCUUCCAAGGGCAACACCUUUUAAGGAAUGCCAGUUACCUCUUAAUCGUCUUUCUGUCAUUUGGUAGAUGGAGAAAGAUUUGUAGAUUGAGUUGGAAAUAGCAGGAGUGAAGUAGGGGAAUCCCAAAGGCUUAUCCACUGAUGAUGACAUGUAUAUAUCAGGCUUUAGGGGGAAAAGGGUGUGAAACGGGCAAAGUUAACGCAAUAAGGUAGUUAUGUAACAAGCCCUACCAAUACCAUCCCUAGGUGCACUGAGGUAGCAGGUUGACAGAGGAUUAAGAAAUAAAAAAAGACCAAGGCUAGAGACACAAGGCUGCGUAGAAGACAAAUUUGAAGUCGCUCCUCUUCAAGGAUCAACCCGAAUAUUAGAGACUCCUUUUCAAUCGAUUAGCGAUAUGGAGGGGGUAUCCUCCUUCCUUGCAAUUGAGGCUGGUCUACAAGAACCUCAUAAGUAUAUUCAGUCCGUUAUAUAUAUAAGAGAAUAGAUUGUACAAUUACGCGAAUAAUCGCGAAGAUUUUGUACAGCUUGUUGUGGAGAGAGUGGGUAUGUCCGUUGUGAUUGGUGGUAUAAUACUUCUUACCAUUUUAUGUGAAAACGUUUUUUUUUUGUUUGCAUUAACACGUACGCCUGCUGUUCUAGUCGUGAUAUUAGUGGAAAAGAAAUUGAUAUUAUAUUACUAGAAGUGAUCAGCUGUAUAUAAAUUGGCAUUUGUCAUAUCGUUUGUAGAUGACAACCAUGAUAAAAAUGUAUAUUUUACAUUCCGGGAGAAAGACUUAAACAGAGAUGAAUUCCAACUUUUCGAAAUGACUUAUGACAAUAUGACUUAUGAAAAUCGGCGAUUUAGCAAAUGUAUUUUUUGGAUCAUGUGACAUGAUGUCCAGAAAGUACAUUCUGACAAUUAUGAUAUCAAAUGCGUUGUCCACAAAGAAAUAUGGGGGUGUUAUUUCGACGAAGUAAAAUGUAAAUGAUUGCAUUGGUACAAUUCUGCAGCUUGAGAGCUAGCUUACAUACUGUAGUACAAAUGAAACGUAUUUUCAACGUAUAUAACCAUUACUGUAGUAGUUCUGUUCUGUGUGAACAGUCGUUGACAUUUUUGCAAGUAAGAAAGGGUUUCCAGCCCCAUUCCAAUUUUAAGUGUCACGGAAGAAAAGGCGUUUUCUAACGAUUCGCCCAGAUCGCCAGUUUUCCCUGUUUGAUAAUUUACUGUUUAACGUUUCGAUUGUAUAUUUGAGAGAAUACACACUGCCCCCCUCCCCAGUCUGAAAAUAAGUUCCUGGAACCCAGGGUGCAUGCACAUGGAGGGGAUCAGGUGCCCUUGUUUCCAAUGGCAUUCUCCCUCCCAAAUGAACCUUUUUGGCCCCCCUCCCCCCGUCUACCUAUCUCACACAAAUUGAACUAACGCUAUGCAGUGUAAACAAGUGCAACAACAAGCAAAGGAUGCAAUUCUGUUGUUGUGGUCUGUGUUUCCAACGUUUGUAGUAACGUUUGUAGUAAAUGACGUCCAUCCUAAUGUGUCCAAUGUACCAGACAUAAAUCAAGAGUUAAAUGAGUCAAGAAAUUGAUUCCAAUAUACACGCACGUGUAUGGAUAUUCGUUUGAUUCCCAAUACUGCUGCAAAAACGACGCUAAGUAUUAAUUUCGCACCCUUGUCAUUUCUUUAUAUCCAUCAUGAUGGCGGAUCAGGGUAUCGCAAAGCAUGCUGGGAACAUCUUCCAAUCCAUCAUGGCGGAUCAAGACGCCGCGCUGCAUGCUGGGAAUAUUAACUAAUCAAGAGAACAUCUUUCCAUUUUCGAAGCAUUGCAUGCACAGGCAGCAAACCUUCAUAAUAUUCAACACGAAAUCAAAUUAGCCUAGAUUCGAUAUGCAUGUCUGGACUUAAUACUGUGUUAUUGAAGAGAGCCGUUUUGUAAUUGCUGCAUUUUGCAUUUUGUCCUGCUUAAUUUGUCCAUUCUGUACAGCCCAGAACCGAACUUGUAGCGUUUGUAAGCACAUUACUGAGAUUUGUUUUAUUCUCUAAGUCGCCUGGGUCGUUUGGUAUUUUGAAUAACUGCUAGGUGUGUCGUUGGUGUUAUUCCCGGUUGCCCAUGGCAUCUGCGUAGUAGUCGACCCCAUUUGAUAUAACUAUACUUACGUCUAUAUAACUCAGUAUGGGUCACUUUUCUAAAAGCGAAGAUCUAGACACGUAAAAAAUCAUUAGGCCGUGUUUCAAGCCUGCAAAAGUGAACGGGUGGUAAAGUUUUGUUUUUCUCUCCUAUAUGUGCUUCCUGUAAACACCAGUUUUCGGCAGCAGUCACAGUAAUUAUCCACACACGCGUACGCCGGUCAGCUAUCAGCCAAUCAGAUACACCCCCUCCUCUUGUUUAAGGGAAGGUUACCAGCCAAUCAUGUUGCCUCUUGACCGUGGGCGACGGCGUGAUUGGUUGGUGGUGUUUGGCAAGCGCUAAUAAGUAGGGCGAAUCACAGGCCGGUAUGCUAAGGUUGUUGCUUGACAUAAACAUGCGGCGGACUUGGCAUGAGAUGAUGAUUGUUGGUUGUCGUACCUUACAAUGCAGAUUUUCUACUACCGCUAACUUUGAACAAGUUUGAACUGCAACAAAAUGUGUCAGUAACAUUUCACCGACAGUAUAUCCUAUGAGUGAUUUUCUUAAAAAGAUGUAAAAGGUUUUUAAGUAACUAUCUCCACCCAACGAGUAACGCUGCAAUGUGUCAAAUCGGAAGUAGUGAGAUUGUGUGAUUGUGUUUGUCGAAGAAGGACGAAGAAACUGUCAGUAAUAAUAAUUUGGUGUGUUAUCCCUAACAUCUACAGGGCUGUGUGGAUUUGUCGUGUUCCCACACUGGUGUGGGUCGUACGACAAACUCAAGAUUUUGCCUCUUUUGAGGCCGUCUUUUCAAAACGUAACAAACGUAGAAAUACAUCUAUAAGUAUCGUACGAAAUGAUGCAGAAAACAGACGGUAACAUCAACUAGAUGGUAACGGCAAAUAAAGGCUAGAACAAUCACCGGAAAAAAAUAAAAUCUUUAAUACACCUCUGAGAUCUUGAGACAUGCUUACUGCUUUUUGAUAAUCCUAACAUUGGCGCCAUCUAGUUGAACAGUACUGUACUGCACGCUCCGAGCCAGAAUGUUGACAUGGCUUCCAUGUGAUUUGUCACCCUUCUAAACAUUUGAUGUAAUACAUGUUUACUAGUCACAACAAAUGGAGCAAUAAGAACUGGGAGGUAGUGGAUGUAGUCUACACAUGUGCUGGUUUACACUUUUACAUGGGCUUACGGGUAAAUUUGGCGCAUGUUGAAAAGGCGGGAAACUGCUUGUUCCUAUACAAGGUGCGAAAGUCUCGUAAUAGAGUAGAUGGUGUUUAUUUGAAAUUACGUCAUAUCUGUAACGUUGCUAUGGCUACAAAAAGAGGAUUACUCAUUUCAGCUGAGCACGUGCCAUUUUGAUAAUUUUGGUUAAUUCAGUUUGUUACAAUAAAAUUUUAUUCUAAUUGAUUACUCCUGAUCUGCUUGUAAAUAUAUAUAUCUUUUGUUUCUGAAUCUAUCAACAGAGGCUCUGUCCCCAAUGCUGAAAAAAAGAAGUAAAAUGUGGCUUCUAACUUCCGUUCUUAAUCUAUAGUCUGCUAGACAUCGCGCGAUAGGAUUGCAAGUAUAACACAUAGAUGAAUCAUUAUAAGACGUCCCCAUGAUUGUAAAACUGCUUGUAGCGCUCCGUCGUUACCUCCAAGCUGUAAGGUCUGCUUCGAAUCUGAGGACAGAAACUUGAGGCUAGUUCUCAUCAGUCCACGCAACUUUGAGACCGCAGGUGAUGUGUUUUGUACGAAAACUUGUUACUUGUGAGACGAAAUUAAAAGAUGAUAGAAAUGAUAGAAACCGACAUGUAAAGUACGUGGUUAAUUGAAGGUGUACAUUUCAUAAAUUAAAAGAAGAGAAACUA